CGACUCUCGCAUGGCGCGGCUGUGGCCAUGUCCAGCGAGCUCUCCAAUGCACUCAAUCCGAACGUCGUCCCAACUCGUCGGCAUAGACCUGCAUAUGUGCGUUCGCCGCAGAGCGUCGCAACGCCCGUCAUCGAGGUGCAGCACCGACCGUACGCACGAAGCGAGCUGGAACUUGCUGUAUUAGAACCUCCUCCAAGGCCUCCGCAACCACCAGACCAGCAGUCAUGUGCAUCUGUUUCACGUCCAGUAAACCCGCUGCAUGAAAUUCUGCGUGUUCUACAUGCGAACAGGGAUGCCAUUGAGCUUGAGCACAAGCGUCGGAGAGCAUGGGAACAAGAGCAAGAGGAAAGGAUCGUUCAACAGCAAGCGGAGAUGGAGAAACAGAUGUGGGAGAUGCGGCAGGAGUUGUCGUUGUUGAAAGCCUCGUUCAGCUUGCACGCGGCGUCUGCGCAAUCUCCCGAGCAAGGCCUGCAAUCAGCAGACGCACGUCUCGGACGGAUUGCUGGUCCAGACGUGCCCGGAAUACCUGCCUUUCCAACAAACGUUCGUUCGCCUCAAGUGAGAAGACUGCCAGGAGCUGCAGAGUUUGUCCGUGAUCCUUUACCUGCUCCAAGGACCCCUGUCAUGGAGAAUCGCACAACACCGUUACCCGUGUCGCCCCUUACGCCAUUAUCAUCAUGCAAUAACAGUCCCGCUCUCAAUUCCAGCUCUCCCCAGUUACAGAUAGCUCAUCAGUAUCACACUCCGCGACCACCUGAGAUCGAUCUUCGCGCACCAUCGUACUCAAGCAGCAUAUCAUCACCAGCAGAACCCAACUAUCUGCUCCAGAGACCUGGGGACUACAGGUCGCGGACAUAUAUUGAAGGACCCUCCUCGCAACCUCUGACACCGCAAAUAACUAUACAUAACGUCCUGCAGAUUCCAGACGAUAUCCGACAUUCUCCCCUUCAACUCCUCACACCAGCCACUCCCGUGUCUCAGCCAUCUGAGCCUACCGUUGAGGAACGGUCUAUUAUGCCUUCGCAUCACAAACGAGCCAUUUCUGCAUUGGGAGGCAAUGGGAACGAGGACUGCGACGGCGAAGAUAGCGAUAGUUCGAGGGCGCACGCUGACAGGCGUUCUCGUAAGCGCACCAAUGGGCAUGACGGACGCUGUCUGACCAUUCAUCAUGCCAUGCGCACUCAUCUCUUGCGCAUGAUGAAGCUCGACAAUGACAAGGAGCUUCCGAGCAGUCACAAGGAAAGUCAGCGUCUGGGUCCAGAGGAACCUGUGCGCUUCGUCUGGUCUAAGACACCUAAGCAGUCCUCACAUAAUGCGGAGAUGAAGAAGUGGGUUAUCGCCGACCUCAAGGCUAACCGCAAUCUUUACGAGUUGGUACCAGAGAAGGACUUCACGAAGAAGAACCUGGAUUCCGUGUUCGAUCAGGCGUUCACGACUUUACGUCAGAAGUUCAAGGCACAACAGGAUUCAGCGGCCGCAUCGCACCUGAAGCAAAGGGAAAAUCAGAAGGCGAAGAAAUCUCGAAGGCUUGGCCGGAAGAAGCUGAAGUUGGCUAACCGCAUUGAGGCACGAGAGAAGCUGGCCAUCUUCUCACAUCAGACCUUCGACAGUGCCCUGCAGCAGGAAUGCAUGUCAUCCGAAGAAUCUGAUGAGGAGGACGACAUCGAUCCUGCGACAGGCCAAGUCUGUGGCAAAGGGCAAGUGCUGCAGAUCCGAGGUCUCCCGUGGCGCAGCCUGCGCUUGCAACGAUUCUACGCGACUCUCGACGCGGAGGACCAGGCAGGCAAGAGCACGAAGCCAAAGCGCGGGUCCGGGCGUCGGGAACGCCGCAUCGGUCCCUGGAAGGACGGCGUCGUCACUCCUCCCGUGGGCAUCGCGCAGUGGAUGGUCAGCAAGCGGUGGAUUCGACUGCUUGGAUUGACGCGCCCUGACCUGGCAGAUGCAGCACGGGUCUCGUUGACCAACUAUUCUCACUUUGACUGGAGUCAGUGUGUCGUCCUUGGUGCUGAGAGCGAGGACGAACUUGAGCUGCAGGAAAUCCUGCCUCGCGAUCAGUACAUUCCUAUUUCUGAAACUAGUUACUCUUUGCAGAACGCCCUCAACCCAUUGUCGUAGUGGCUAGCUUAUGUCGUCGUCGCAUUGUAAUAUUGUCUUCCCGCGGACUUCACAUACACGGAUUAUUAUCGGCGCUCGUGCCACGCAAUAGUUAUUAGUGCAUCCCUUUGUAGGAUCUGCAUCAUGAAGUCUCCAUUGCACUUCAGUCUCGAGGCAUCAAAGUAUCGGUGUACUGAAAAAUCUUCUUGAGCGG